UGAGAGGGUAAUAUUUUUGUUGCCAUCAGCGAGUGCUUCCCAAGCGGCAUCAGGCUGGUCUGCCACCUCUUUGCGCUGUUUAAAUUUCUUGGGGACUCCUUGAAGUGUUCCAGUCAUGGCUUCCAAAGUCAUACCUUGGUAUAAGAAGAAGCAUGUGAGCCAAGUCAAAACUGAUUAUGCUUAUCAUCACACUAAACACGUUUCCAAGCAGCACACAGAAAGCAAAUCAAGCUCUAAAUCGGUGAGCCAGGCACAGGCCCAGGCCACGGAGGCUAUGGCAGAACAAGCCUAUACCGUGCCGGUGUUCCGGCAGAGGACUGCUGAGGAGACUGAGGAGUACCAGAGAGUAAGCAAAAAUGUUGGGAAAGGACUGGCUGUUAUUCAGGAGGAGCUUCAUAGGAUGAGGAUCGCUACUAAGGCCCAAGUGGAAAGUCUUGAAAUUCAGAAAGAGGUUAAGGGGAUGAUGAGAAAGAGAGUGGAUCUGUUGGAGGAAAUCCCCAAAUUGCCAGACUUCUUGGUGGCCUUACGGCCGCAUACUGUGUGGGAGAAGACUCCUGUCAAGCUGUUCUGCACCGUCGAAGGAAAUCCGAGGCCCAUCGUCAAAUGGUAUAAAGAUGGAGUGCCAGUAGAUCCACUGAGUACCCCAGGAAAGUACAAGAUUGAGAAUAAAUAUGGAGUCCAUAGUUUGAUUGUUAGCAGGUGUGUUGUGAGUGAUACUGCUGAGUACAGUGCUGUGGCAACCAACCAGCAUGGCACAGCUACCAGCAAAGCUAAAAUUAUUGUGAAGAGACCAGCUGGAGCUGGAGAGUCCUGCCAUCUUGGUUUAGUGCCUCAUCUGACUGAGAUCCAUGCCAGUAAGCUGGAUGUCAGCCUGCUUGACCGGUUCCCAGUGUCUUUUGGUGUGGAGGGCAACUCCAUCAGACUGGUGUGUACAAUGGUGGUGGUCCCCGAUCUCCCCAACAUACCACCCAUUGCCCAGUGGUACAGAGAUGAUAAACUGCUGAAACCAAGUAAACUGGUGGAGAUGUCAGUGGGUGGAGGUGCUGCCUCUCUCACGCUGCCUCACCUGGCCAAGGAUGAUGAGGGCCUCUACACGCUUCGGAUCUUCACAAAGGACGGCACUGCUGAGCAUAGCGCCUACCUGUUUGUCUCAGAUGCUGCUCCCUCUGCACCCGGAGCCCCCGGCGCACCAAUGAGCGUAAAGGCCUAUGACAUCAAUUCGGACUAUGUCCUAGUUGCCUGGAAACCCCCAAACACUGUCAACGAGGCACCCAUCACUGGAUACUUUGUGGAUCGGUGUGAAGCUGGCACUGACACUUGGGUGCAGUGCAACGACGCCCCAGUGAAGAUCUGCAAAUACCCAGUACAUGGCUUAAGGGUUGGCCACUCCUACUACUUCCGGGUCAGAGCCGUGAACAGCAGUGGCAUCAGCAGGCCCUCACGCAAGUCAGACAAAGUGACGGCCCUGGACGCUGCAGAGAGUGAGAGACUGCAAGUGAUUAAAAUUGAAGGAAAAUACGACAUAGUGAUAAAGGAUGAUGACCUGGAAGGCUACGUAACUAUUCCAGGUGAACCCACAGAUGUGCAUGCAUCCGAAAUUUUCAAAUCAUAUGUCGUGCUGAGCUGGAAGCCUCCUAGCCCCCGUGGACGAGCUCCACUGUGGUACGUCAUCGAGAAGUGCUUAGCAGGCACUGGAGACUGGCAGCGGAUCAACACAACAGUCAAACUGCACUCCCCUCGUUACCCAGUUUUUGAUUUGCAAGACGGGCAAAAGUACCAGUUCCGAGUGUAUUCGGUCAACAUGUAUGGCUCCAGCGAGGCCUCUGCGCCCUCUGAGCUCAUCCAAAAGGUUGAUGAAGAUGGUAAGAGCCAGGAUCAGUGCAGACUUAAAGACACAUUGUGUGCGUGCCUCAGGUUUGUGGUGCACGGCCUGAUCCCAGGGGAGACCUAUGUGUUCCGUGUCCAAGCCGUCAACCUCUUUGGCCUCAGUGAGGAGUCACAGGAGUCCUCUCCCAUUGCUGUGGAGCCUGCACUCGGCAAGGGGGCUGAGUAUGCAACUCCCAGCUCUCCCUUUGGGAUCACCAUGCUGAGUUCUGAUGGUUCCUCCAUAACUGUGGCCUGGAAGAGUCCCAAACACUGUGGUGGCUCCAAGGUUAACGCUUACUACAUUGAUAAGCGGGACGCUGACACUUUAGUCUGGAAGGAGGUCAACCUAAACGCUGUCACAGAAAGAAUGUGCACUGUGGAAAAUCUGAAGGAGGGAACUUUUUACGAGUUCAGGGUCACUGCUGGUAACAUGGCUGGUGUUGGUCUACCAUCUGCUGCCAGCGUUCCAAUGAAAUGUGAAGCUUGGACCAUGGAAGAGCCAGGCCCAGCCUAUGACUUGAGCUUCAGUGAGGUCAGAAGCCACUCUCUGGUCAUCCUGUGGAGGGCUCCCAUUUAUACUGGAGCAAGUGCUGUCACUGGAUACUUUGUGGACAUGGCUAAGAAGGGCUCAUCAGAGUUCGUCACUGUGAAUCAGGAAGCUGUGAGCCACCGUUACCUGCAGGUGACUGGACUGGAGGAAGGUGAAAGCUAUGUGUUCAGAGUCCGUGCUGUCAAUGCACACGGUGUUGGAAAACCUUCCCAGUUGUCAGAGCCGGUCUGUGCUAAAGCUAUUCCAGGCACAAAGGAGAUUGUGGCUGGUGUGGAUGAGGAGACUGGAGAUGUCUUCCUGUCUCUUGAGGCCUGUGAAAUCUGCGAGACGUCCAAGUUUGUGUGGUCGAAGAACUACAAACUCAUCAGUGACUGUCCCAGAGUGGCUGUCACAACUAAAGGCAGAACGUCCAGACUUACUUUCACUAACCCUGAUAAAGAUGAUUUGGGCAAAUACUCUGUCAUCGUCACUGACACAGAUGGAGUCUCUGCCAGCCAUACUCUCACUGAGGAUGCCCUGAACACUAUGUUGGAGCUCAGCUAUGCCAUCAGACAUCCGAUUGUUCCUCUGAAACAUGGUCUGAACUAUGAGGUUCUGGAGAAAGGACACGUGCGAUUCUGGUUGCAGGCAGUCAAACUUUCACCAUCUGUGUCCUAUAGAUUCAUUGUCAACGACAAAGAAGUCACGAGUGGGGAGGGACAGAAGAUCAGUCACGAUGUGGCCACUGGAAUCAUCCAGAUGACAGUGGAUCAUUUCACCAGAGCCAAUGAGGGCACAUAUACUGUUCAGAUCCAUGAUGGCAAGGCCAAAACCCAGAGCUCCCUGGUCCUGGUCGGAGAUGUGUUCAAGGCUGCUCUGAAGGAGGCUGAGUUUCAGAGGAAAGAGCACAUUAGGAAGCAAGGCCCACAUUUCUCUGAGUAUCUAUAUUUUACUGUCACCGAGGAUUGUACUGUUAUGCUCGUCUGCAAGGUGGCUAAUGUGAAGAAGGAGUCAACUUUACACUGGUACAAAGACGAUGAGGAGAUUGUUCCAGAUACUCCCCCCAAUGUCAUGUCUGGAUCCUGUGCUCUUCCCCUCCCACUGUUCUCCAGAAAAGAUCAUGGUGUUUACAAGGCAGUACUCAGUGACGACAGAGGAAAGGACACAUCUGUGUUUGACAUUUCAGGCAAAGUGUUUGAUGACAUCAUCAAUGCCAUUGCCCAGAUCGCUGGUGCAUCUGCUUCUGAGCUGGUGUUGCAGUGUACUCCAGAGGGCAUCAGACUGCAGUGCUACAUGAACUACUAUACAGAGGAGAUGAAAACCAUCUGGAAGCACAAGGAGAGUAAGAUUGCCUCCUCUGAGAAGAUGAGGAUUGGCGGUACAGCUGAGAUGGCCUGGAUGCAGAUCUGCGAUCCAUCCGAUAAGGAGAAGGGUCAUUACUCCAUGGAGAUCUCAGAUGGCGUCAAGACCCACACCCGGACUUUUGACCUCUCUGGACAAGCAUAUACAGAUGCCUAUGAGGAGUACCUAAGACUUAAGGCGGCUGCAUUCGCUGAGAAGAACCGUGGUAGAGUGGUUGGUGGUCUACCUGAUGUGGUCACCAUUAUGGAGGAGAAGUCCCUGAGCCUCACCUGCACCGUGUGGGGCGAGCCUACUCCUGAGGUCACCUGGUUCAAGAACGAGCAGGAAGUCGCUUCCACUGAGCACACCAGGGUCAUGUUUGACGGUGGCAAGUUUGCCAGCCUCGUCAUUAACAAAGUCACCCCCGAAGACUCCGGAAAGUACAGCAUCAAUGUACGGAACAAGUAUGGUGGUGAGUUUGUGGAAAUCACUGUCAGCGUCUACAGGCACGGAGAGAAGAUCCCUGAGCCCAAACUGGGGCAGGCCAAAGCAGCCGCCACCACGCCUGUGCUGCCAAAGUCCCCAGCUCCCCCUUCCAAGACCCCAACCCCCACCCCUUCUAAAACCCAGACCCCAGCACCAUCCAUGAAGAGCCCAACUCCAGCCUCCACCCCAAUCUCCAAGUCUCCAACCCCUACCCCGAAGUCUCCUACUCCACCACGCAGUGUUAAGUCUCCAACCCCACCCAGAUUCAUGAAGUCUCCAACUCCACCCAGGAAGUAGAAUGUGGGGGUUAAUGUUCGCUGUUAGCAACACUGAUUUAUAAGCAUGAGUGUGAAACAAUGAGCUCUUACUUUAAAGUUUAUUUAGAUUUAGAUAACGUCAAAGUCCCACUUCAAAAACUGCUGCUUACUCUGGACUACACCUCACAGUCAUGUAUGGGCCAUCAUAUGUCUUUAAAGUGGUUCCUUUUAACACAAGAAAAACACUGAGAAACAUAAAAUGUCCGUGUAUAUUCAUUACAAAGUUUUAAAAGCUGCACCUUCCACUAUGCAAUGUCAGUGAAAUGCCUGCAACAAAUUGUGGAUGUCAAAGGAUAUUUAUGCUCUAUUACAACUCUAUUAGUGACACAAAAAAGCAAGUCAGUGAACUGUCUUACAAAGAGAUAAGCAGAGUUUUAGAGGACAAAAUUAAAGAAAUUAGUAAAUAUUUUAGGUUUAAGCUCCAGUUUCAGUGCUUUAAUCUUAAUCUUCUCUGUUACUGUGUUUCCCUACAUUUAGCACUUAUGUCAAAGAGUGUGAUAUUAUACAAAACAAAGCAAAUAAUAUCAAAACCUACAAAAAUAAGAUCAAGGUGUAAUACACCAGUAUCAAAGUGGAUGAGCUGGGAGUCAGCAGGUACAGAUGUCGGGUAAUGUUAGUACCUGGGUGAAAAUGUGCAAAUACCAGGUUACUGUGUUUGUGCUCCAGCCAUUCUUCUCCCAGGGUUAGUUUGUCUGUGAACAAAAACAUUCACAGCCCUUGUCUCUGUACCUGAGAGGCUCUUCUGUCUGUGACACAUUAUGUCUUCCUCCCCAGUGCUUUGUGAUGGCAAUAAACUUUACUUCUCAACCUAC